AUGGCCUGUGCAGCAACGGAUACCGCCGCGCAGUCGCGGGUCCUCGUACCAGUCCUUCCGUGUUUCGCGGCGCUCCUCGUUGCUCUCCUGCCGCGUGUUGUCCAGGCUGUGACGGUGACUCUCGCCGACUCCCAAGCGGCGGCGCUUAAGGAGUGCGCGGCGGAGUGGGGGGUGAGCGCGACGGGGUGGGCGCAAGGCGCGGAGUGCACGCACGCGGAGACGGUCACGUGCGACAAGGACGGCAUGGUCACAGAGCUGCUGCUUAACUCACAGGGCCUCACGGGCUCCAUCCCCCUCGCCCUCACCGCGCUCUCCCGCCUGCAAUCGCUGGAUCUGCAGACCAACAACCUGUCCGGCCCUGUGCCCCCCGCCCUCUCCGCCCUCCGCCUGCUCACCUCCCUGAGGCUGGGCAACAACAACAACCUCACGGGUCCAAUCUUCACCGUCAUUGCGCGCAUGCCAUCACUCGUCCAACUCGACCUCUAUACCAACAGCUUCACGGGGCCGGUUCCACUCACAGUCUCACGCCUGCAGAAUCUCUCGUCUCUUGAGUUGAAGUCCAACGACUUUCACGGGCCCUUCCCACCAGCCUUCACCCACCUCACCGCCCUCGCCUACCUGGGCAUCGUAUCGACAGGCCUCUCUGGCCCGCUGCUCCAUGCCAUCACCGCACUCUCCUCCCUUGAAUCCCUCUACGCGUCCAGCAACAACAUCUCAGGAAGCAUCCCCGCCACCAUCACUGCCCUCUCUCGCCUCGCACGCCUGUCGCUGGAUGACAACCCCCUCCUCUCGGGCUCCCUGCCCCGCGCCCUCUCUCGCCUCACCACCCUAGACCACAUCACGCUGCAGGGCACGGCCAUUUCAGGCGACCUGCCUCGCUUCCUCACCGCCCUCACACGACUCACCACCCUUGACGUGAGCAACACAGAGCUCAAUGGAACCAUUCCCGCCGCUUAUGGAGCCUUGAAACUUCAAUCCUUUCAGUUUUCAAGGCUAGUUUGCCCAACGGACAACACCAGCUGUGAAAUCAAUCAGGACCGUUCAUCCAUGUUUUGCACCUUCUGUUCAGCGUUCUGCUCCACGUGUAUCCCAAUCAACG